AUGCAGUCCGUCAUGGCGCAACCCCCACAAGCUCCAACCUAUGGCGCCAUGCCAGUCCGCCGCAAGCCCAUAACCCAACCUGGAAUCUCGGUGCGACCCCCGCAGCAGCAGAUGUACACUGAAGCGCAACUGGGCCACUCUCGAUCACGAACCACCAGCUCCGGCGUAUUCCCUACCCCCGUCGCCUCAUCGCCGACUGUAAGCACCAUGAGUUCACAGUACCCGACCCAGUACCAGAGCGGUCUUCGCCGUACGCCCACCUCAUCGACGAGCUCUACCACCGGCACGCCGAAUCGAUCCAACAGUGGCAAUCUCCGCCGCUCCUCCUCAGCGCGCUCUGGUACCUCGCCCACAUCAUACGUUGCACUCAUGCGGAAACAAAAGGCUACCGUCUGGUGUGACAGGGCUCAAUAUGAGGAUCCUCGCAUUCUCGCGCAGCAACGCCAGGCAAAAAUGAGGGCAAACAUGGAGGUCGCAGGCGGCCCUCACCACGCGCCACCACGAAGCGCCUCAGGAGGCGCAAGCAUGACUGGCGGUGUCAGGUCAAAGAUUGGCCGUCACCAUGGACUACCCAAGGCGUCAUUAUACGCGCCAGUCACAUAUGCCGGGUCGGGCGUGCCCAUGCGCCUCAGUGCAACAGAAGUCGACGAAGGUGACGACGAAGACGCCGCUUCAAUAGGGCAGAACGGAGCGCCAUAUCACCACCGCACCGGCUCAGGACGCAGCUCCCUUGGUUCUGGUCGCCGCAUGUCCUACGCCAAUCCGGGCGGUCGCCACUCGUCCAACUCCACACCCCCUCAGAAUUCGUCACCAGAAGACCUUGGCGACCUCCAAGAAGAAGAACCCACACCGAAUCCACUUUACGACCCCACUACUGGCUACUUUGUUGAACAUACAAAAACCAAUCUUUCAAUUGGCAGUGGCAGUAGCGGGGAACGCAACUUUGGCGACGUGGGGCAGAUGCCACAGAGCCUCCCAAAGCCGAUCCAGGAAAAGAAGGGGAGUGACGACUUGCUGUCGGCUUGCAUGUUUGCAUGUUCCGAUGUGAUGCUAUUCGUCGAUCAUCCGGCUGUGCCUGCCAAGUUCUCCGAGAUGGUGGUGAUACUCUUCACAAUCUCGCCAGAGUUUACAUGGGCUUUGUUGUAG